AUGCAGCUCAUUGACUUGGCAGGAAAUCAGUUAAGUGGCAGCGUACCUGCUAGUUUUGGAAAUAUCAAAGCUAUGACCCAAGUUCAAAACCAUAACAAUUAUCAUUUAUAUGGGGGUUUGAAUGGCUAUUAUGCAGAAAAUUUUGUUGUGACCGCAAAAAACCAGCAUCUGGAAUUCACCAAGAGCCUCUCCCUUGUUGUUAGCUUAGAUCUCUCGGGAAAUAAUUUGAAUGGAGAUCUUCCUGGAGAGAUAACAAAUUUGUUGGGCUUAGUGUUUCUGAACUUGUCCAGAAACCAUAUCAGUGGACACAUUCCCGAAAGCAUUUCGAGGUUGACACAAUUGUCAUCACUUGAUCUCUCACACAAUAAGUUUUCAGGUGCUAUUCCUCAAAUUUUGGGAUCGCUCUCAUUUUUGGGGUAUCUGAAUCUAUCAGACAAUGACUUCACUGGUAAGAUUCCCUACAACGAUCAAAUGAUCACUUUUAGUGCAUCCUCUUAUGUUGGAAAUCAUGGCCUUUGUGGUAGUCCACUUGAUGUAAAAUGUCCAGGUGAUGAAGACGAUGAUGAUACAGAUAAUGAUCGACCAUUCACAAGGAUAAUAGUAAUGGUGGUAGCUUCAUAG